AUGCGCAUAGCGCGUUGGUGCGGAUUCGGAUCUGACAUCCAGUCAGCUGAAAUUCACGGCUUCGCUGAUGCGUCGAACAACGCAUAUGCCGCUGCUGUUUAUAUUAAAAUCGUGUCGGCAAAACGCGUUACCAUAACUCUGUUAGUCGGAAAGUCAAAGGUCGCGCCGGUAAAACCUUUGAGCGUUCUUCGCUUGGAGUUAUCGGCAGCAUUAUUUUUAGCGCGACUUAUCGAUUUCGUACGCGGAUCGGUUGGUUACCGCGAGCUUCCCUAUUUCUGUUGGACAGAUUCCACGAUAGUUCUCGCAUGGGUGACGCAGCAUCCAUCGCGAUGGAAGACGUUUGUUGCACAUCGCGUCAGUGACAUUCAGUCUCGCCUUUCGAACGCUGAGUGGCGACAUGUAUUAACUGAAGACAAUCCCGCAGAUUGCGCAUUCCGCGGUAUAUUCGGCGAUGAAAUUGUUAAUCACCCGCUGUGGUGGCACGGCCUCGCGUGGCUUCGGUUCGACGCUCAUAAAUGGCCUUCUACCUACACGUACCUUAUCCCUCAAACCUCCGUAGAAGAAAAGGUUAUAUCCCUUCAAUGCUCUGAACAUACCGAAAUAUGGGAUCUCUCGACACGAUACUCAUCAUGGCCAAAGCUCAUUCGCGUUACCGCUUAUCUUAGUAAGUUCGUCAACUCGUGUCGCGCCCAUCUCACUUGUCAUAACCAACGCUCCUUCUCCGUCACUCCCAAUCUCGCAUCGGACGUAAUUCUGUCAGCAUCGGAUUGCAAUAAUGCUAAAACUUUCUGGCUAAAAAGAAUUCAGGCGACAUUGUUUCCAGAGGAACUAAAAUCCUUAGCGAAGAAUCGAUCUAUUUCCACAAGAAGUUCGCUUCUCUCCCUUAGUCCAUUUCUUGAUAAGGACGGACUUCUGCGUGUUGGGAGACGACUGCGUAGAGCUCCAUAUCCGUUCUCUGCACGGCAUCCCAUCCUUUUGGCGGCGCAUCCGCUGGUGCCGCUUAUUGUGACUCAAGCUCAUUUGCGAGCGCUGCACGCCGGAUCUCAGUUCACUUAA